CGUCACUGUAACGGGACCACAAAAACACGCCAUUUCUGGAUUUCUCAAAACUCAAUCCUGACCGUUAAAGCUAAAACUACAUCAUCUUCUUCUUCUCCGUCUCUCUUUCGUCUUCCUCAACCUUAAUCAUCUUCUCUCUCUCUGAGAUUUUUUAGCUUCAGGAACACGCAACAGAAUCUAACAAUGGUGAGAAAAUACAGAAAAGCUAAAGGGAUUGUGGAAGGUCGUUGUGUAAGUGCGAAAGACGGAAUCGGGGUUUCGUCUACGUAUAUGCAGCUUCGUAGCCGGAGAAUCGUUAGAUCGGAAAACUCUAGCUCCGUCGUCACCGUCACCGUCGUCGAUAACAAUGGAGUUUCGUCGUCGUCUUGUUGCGCGAGCAACGAGUAUAUUAAGAACAAUGGAUUUAUAGAUCUGGAGGAGGAAAGAGACGGUGACACUGAAACGUCGACGUAUCGACGAAAUACGAAGCGGAAGCUAUUUGAGAACCUCAGAGAGAAAGAAGAGUCGACCAAAUCAAUGGAGAAGUCACCGGAGAUUAAAGCCGAUUUUGGUUCUCAAAUCAAAGAAUCGUCGGAUUGUUGUUGCAGCGGGAGAAGAGCUUCGUCUACGACGGAGGAGAUGGAGAAAUCGACGACGGAGCAGCCAACGGAAUUGGAGAUUGAAGAGUUCUUCGUGGAAGCAGAGAAACACCUCCAGGAUAAAUUCAAGAAGAAGUAUAACUUCGAUUUCGCGAAGGAGAAGCCAUUAGAAGGACGUUACGAGUGGGUUAAAAUAUCAGAGUAAUGAGGAAGAAGAAGAAGCUAGAGGAAGAAGAAGAAGAAGAAGCGUACGUUUAAUUAGUAGCUUUUUAGUUUUUUUUUAAUUUUGAGAUAAUAGUUUUUUUUUAAUAUUCCAAAAUAGAAGCUUUGUGGAAAGAUUUGUAGCAGAAUGUUUUAAAAGUACGAAAAUGCACAGAAAAUAAAGCUUUUUUUGGGUUUUCUUAACAGAUUUUGUUUUUCUGCAAAAGUGAAAAGAUAACCCAGAAAAGUCGUGUCUUUUUGCUUAAACUCUUCCUCUUCUCUCUCUCUCUGUACAGUUUUGUUUUGUGGACAGUAGAUUUCGGUAUCCCCACUCACUUUUGUCCUCUCAUUUCAAUGUUCAUCCAAAAAACUCACAGUGC